AUGGCAAUGACGACUAUCCUGGCCGGUACAAUUGCUCAUCUAUCUCAUUUUCAGUUUCGUGGCGAGCUGGUGGUAGAUGGCCAGAUCAGUGUUUUGCGGGGUGUGUGUGCAUCUCAAAGUUCAUUUUACCGAGGGCUAGAUGCCGAAGGGGAGCUUCCAUUGAAGGUUCAGCCACCAUACCGCCCAUGCAAGCUGGAUCCCGUAUAA